UAGCGCCACCAACUUACAAAUUGUGUAAAAUUUUCACUAUUUUGGUUCUACAUUUUUCGUUUUUUUAUCGCAAUAAAUUUUUAUUUUUUGGUUUUAAUUUAGCAUGAUUAAGUUAUCUAAGCUGAUAAGAAAGUUUUGAAUGUUCUGAAUAUUUUCUGGUCAAAAGUCGACAUCAGAAAUUUAGGAAUAGGAGCUUACUCAAUUAAUAAUAAACAACAAAAAUGGCCGCCUCCUUGAAAUAUGGCACAGUAAUUAUUAUUCUAAAUUGAGCAGCGAUUCUCCUGUAAAAUGAGCGCAGACGAAUGUCAUACCCAGUCGGUAGGUAAAGUGAAUUUAGUAGAGCUUGCAACGGGCCUCCUCAUUUUGGGAAAAUUUGAUGAAGUAUAUAAAUUAUGCCAGAAAGGGUUAGCGAAGUGUGUAGCUGUAACAACCACAUUAGAAGAAGCCGGGUGCGGGAGCAAGAAUGGGAUUGGAAACGCCCAUCAUCACCUGGACGAAGAGAAUGAGGCCUCCUGUAGAAACUCGCACAUUGAAAAGCGUAAACAUCGGCAAAAGAAACCUCAUUUUUCGGACCUGAUGAAAGAAUGCCUGUGUAUCAUCGCUGUGCAGGCUUUGGCGGAGAUGAAUCGCUGGCAGGAUGUUUUGCCGUUCCUUCAAAGUCAGUACGGUCCAGUGCAACAGCUACCUGCCAAACUAGUGCAAUUGUGUAUGUUGCUUCAUGUUCAUAUUAAUAAACAUCAGGAAGCUGAGGUGCUUUAUAAGCAAUAUUCAACUCUAUCAACUAAAAAAAUAUCGUCUGAGCAACACACUCAACUUACUGAAUUAUUAUUCUCCCAUGUACUAUUUCCACAAGAAAAAUGGACUGAAGCAGCCAAAGUUAUAGAAAGCGAUUGUAUCUUACGAACUGAUAAAAAGUUAGCUUUGCUAAAAGUACUUAAAGAAAAGGAAAGAUGUCAAAAAAGAGAAAGUGGGAGUAUUGUUAGCCAAAGUAUUGUUGAAGAUACAGAACCAAUGCGAGAAAAUAGGCAAGGAAAUGUAUUGUUUCUAAUGGCAUCAAAAGUGAGUCUGUUCUUCUAUCGCUGGAUACCAAAAACUUAUUGGAAUCAUCUCAGUAGUCUUGCCAUGGUUGGUAUAUGUACUUACCUCGUUCUACGUCAUAAUUCAGCUAAUUCGUCGAUGGGCUGACAUGCCUUAUAGACUGAUCUCGUAUCAUGAUAUAUCGUCAUGGCAAUCCUACACAGCAGCGUUAUGGUUGAGCAUCACAAGACUUUGGCAGAACAUGUUCUCAGCAUAUUACAAAAUGAUUAUUCGUUGAUACCACAAAUGCAGCCAUCCUUGUGGAGGCUGUUGCAAUAAAUCUGGAAGGUUAAUCCCUACGCUAUUUUUAAUUGCUCUCUCGCUAGAUAUUGCAUAAAAAGACACACAUACAGUGUAUACUGUUGACAUCCGGUCACUUCAAAUUAUAAAACAACUUAUCUUAAAACCAACUCGUAUCAAAGCCAAGGAUGAAUUGGGGUGGGGGAACAAAAUGAUGUGGUGUCAACUUGUGAUAUGUACUUUAAGCAAAAUUAAGGAGGGCAUGCUUAAACCCGUCGCUUGGACCAAGUUCUUCCUGGUUUUAUCAAUCAAUGUAAACAGUUCUGUUAUUGAGCUUUUAAUAGUUUAUUUUAAUUUUAAUUACUGUAAGUGUAUACCAUCAGAACGAAGUUCUGAACACACCUAAUGUUGCUGACAAUUGUUUAUAUAUUGGCAAUUACAAUGAUGUAAAUCUUUCACUGUAUAAACAGUCCUCAAUUUGAGACCCUACACUCGUUUUAGUAUAAAAACGUUGGCUACAAUUUUUCUGUUCAACUUACUACCUGCACCAGCCAAAUAUUAGAAAUCCUUUUUUUUUUUUACUAAAUACCCAAUUAAUGUGGGGACAUUGUUCUUCCUUGGGGGGUUCAAGAUAUACUUUUAAAUUACAUGAAAAUACAAAAUUUAUAUAAAGAAUUUAAAUACAAGUGGAUUUUGAAAAGAUUGCAAACUAAGAGAAUGUAUUGUGCUGCGAAUAUUUGACGGUAGAUUUUUUCUAAGUUCGACAGAACGAUAUUUAAGUCUUUUUUUUUUUAUAUUGUAUGCAAGAUUAUUCAAUAGAGUUACAGCCAUGUAGGAAAAAAACUGAUUCCCGUAAAAAUAUAUUUAUUUUAUCAAGAAAAAGAAAAUCUGUAAAAUGGCGUAAAAACGAACAGAUCCUGCAAGUGCACCUGUCUUAAUAUGGUGCAAUCGUUUAUGGUGCUUUUGAUUGGUUGAAAGAUUCUUAAUUAUUUUAAUUGGUGGCUAGGUUGGAUACACUUGAUUUGUUCUAUCAAUCUCCAUCAGUUCUGACUUCAGAAAAUAUAUAUAUUUGUUUUCUGCAAUAAAGAUUAUGUCAAUGAGUGUGCAACUA